AUGUUUUUACUACCUAAGCAAUCGGUCAACGCCCAUGGCAAUACCUUUCGUCUUAUAAAGAGACUCCAGAAUGGUAUACAAAAAUGGUAUUCACUCCAGCAAGCUUCUACGGAAACCAACCAAAAGCGUCGUUUUGAUACCUAUAGUCAACCAUUAAUGAAAACACCGAUGCCUGGUCCUCGUUCAAAGGAAUUGUUAAAAUCUCUAAGGCAGAUACAGGAUGUUACAGCAGUACAAUUUUUUACUGAUUUUCAACAAAGUCAGGGCAAUUAUAUUGUUGACGUCGAUGGAAAUAGAUUACUUGACAUAUUCUGUCAAAUUGCAUCUUUGCCGUUGGGUUACAAUCAUCCUGAUCUUAUUCAAGCCUUACUUAAUCCUGAUAAUGCGUCUGUUAUUAUUAAUCGCCCUGCGCUUGGUGUUAAUCCACCGGUCGACUUUCCUACGAAAUUACACGAGACUAUCAUCGAGGUAUCGCCUCCAGAAUUAAAAAAUGUCACUCUAAUGGGCUGCGGUUCUUGCUCAAAUGAAAACGCAUAUAAAAUGGGAUUUAUUUGGUAUAUGAGAAAGAAACGAGAUGGAAAACCACCCACAAAGGAAGAAUUGGAAUCUACACUUUUAAAUAAAGUUCCUGGAUCGCCUAAACUUAGCAUCUUAUCGUUCGAUGGCGGUUUUCACGGUAGAACAAUGGGCACCUUAUCAACCACCCAUUCCAAGGCAGUCCAUAAAUUGGAUAUUCCUGCUUUUGAUUGGCCUACGGCGCCCUUUCCACAGUUGAAAUAUCCACUGGAAAACUUUCAGAAAGAAAAUCAAUUAGAAGAGGAGCGGUGCUUAGAUAAGGUUAAGCAAUUAAUUAAUGAAUAUGAAAACAAGGGUUCCCCGGUCGCUGUAAUCGUUGUUGAACCUAUUCAGGCGGAAGGAGGUGAUAAUCAUGCAUCGGUAGCAUUUUUCCGACAGUUACGAAACAUUGCUAAAGAAGUUGGAGCUGCUUUUCUUGUUGACGAAGUACAAACUGGAUGCGCAGCUACCGGCCAUAUGUGGGCUCACGAAAGUUGGGAGUUGGAUGAUCCCCCUGAAAUGGUUACAUUUAGCAAAAAGAUGCAAUUAGGGGGAAUAUAUCAUAAGGAUGAAAUGAGAGUGGAUGAGAGUUAUCGCGUCUUUAACACUUGGUUAGGAGAUUCUUCGAAGUUGGUCUUAUUAGAAGCGAUCAUUAAUUGCAUUAAACGAGAGAAACUAAUAGAUCUUGCGAAAGAAUCCGGAGAAGUUUUGCAAACUGGUCUAAAAUCACUAGCGUCGAAAUAUCCAAACAUAAUAUCUCGUCCUCGUGGAAUGGGAACGUUCUGCGCUAUUGACUUUAUUGAUAGCAAAAAACGAGAUGAAAUUAUUGCUGAUUUAAAAAAUAAUGGAAUAAUGGCGGGCUCGUGUGGUGCAUUAGCAAUGCGGUUAAGGCCUGCCCUAAUAUUUGAGCCAUACCAUGCCAACUACUUCAUUGAUGCAUUUGAUAGUGUGUUAAGUAAACAUAAGUAA